CUGCAGUUUCACCACCUGUUGCAGAGUUCAAGGAAAGCGGAGUCAUGGAGGUAAAGAAACAGAUGCGCUUUUGUGGAUUUUGAGUUUGCUCCGCACACAGAGGCAGCGGGUCGAUGUGUUGACGCCUCUGAGGGUCAUCAGAGUAAAGUCCAGAUCAGCAGAGCUUCAUCUGAGCACAUGUUGCUUCAUUCAUCCGCCAGGCAGCGAGUUGAAUCACUUCAGAAGACAAAAUGACGCACUGGACUGAAAUGGAGAAAGACGAGCUCGAUCGGCAGUAUUCCCCCAGCAGGUGGUCCCACAGGAUGUCAGCGGACGACGUGAUCAAGGCCCAUGUGAAGGCGCUGAAGGAAGGGACGGAGCGAGCCCGAGGCCUGGCUCAGACUUUACUCAAUGUGCCGUACGGGGAAGGACAUGGAGAGAAAUUGGACGUCUACAUACCCAGAACCAACUCUUUGGAUGUCCAUCUUGUUAUUUACCUACAUGGAGGUUACUGGCAGUUCCUCAGCAAGGAGGAGUCCGGAUUCAUGGUCAUUCCACUUGUUGAUAAAGGUGUAGUUGUGGUUGCCGUCGGUUACGACAUCGCGCCCAAAGGUAACAUGGACCUGAUGGUGUCACAAGUGCGCAGGAGUGUUGUGUCUGUGGUGCAGCAGUAUUCUCACAUCAGUGGUCUGUACCUGUGUGGACACUCUGCCGGGGCUCACCUGGCUGCAAUGGUUCUCUCCACUGAUUGGUCACAGUACAGCAUCACACCUCAGAUCAAAGGUGCUUUCCUUGUUAGUGGAAUAUAUGACCUCCUGCCCAUCCUGUCCACCUACGUCAACGAGCCUUUGAAGAUGACAGAGGAGGUGGCAGUGAGAAACAGCCCCAGCAAACUGGUGGCUCAGCUCAAACUCUCAUCCUCCAGCUGCCAGAUCGUCGUGGCCGUUGCUGAGAACGACUCGCCUGAGUUUCGCAAGCAGUCUGAAGAAUACUACAAAACGUUGGAAGUGUCAGGACUGAGUGUGACCAUGGAGGAUGUGGCAAACACAGACCACUUCAGUAUUAUUGAACAGUUGGUAGAUGGAGAGUAUCACCUGACGAAGCUUCUCCUAAAGAUGAUGGGAAAGAGCUGAGGUGUUCCAACCAUCCUCUACAUACAUCUGUGUCAACGUACAUCUCUGAACACAGUCAUUGUGCACGAUACUGAUAAAAUAUGCAUUGUUUCAGAUUUGUACUACAGUAGAUGUACAACUUCUGUGGCUCGAACAACAACAAGGUGGUUGUUUUGUUCACUGUGUCAGUAUUUAUAAUGAACUUUGUAGUUGCUGCUGUCAAAAGGCCUACAUAGGCUUUGUAAGUUCCAGCUACAUUGACAUCUUUGUGCCUAAAACCUUUGUCACUGCAGGGAUGGCGACUGUAGCAAGCUGUACUCAUAUUUAGUUGUAAACAGAGUGCUUAACUGUGCACAAUGUUAUUGUCGGGAAACUCAGUUCCAUUGCGUGCUAAACGUUGUAGAGUCGAUUGUUAGUUUUGGCAUAUUUUCAGUGUUUGGCAACUGGGCGGGUCAGUCUGUUGUGUGUAUAUUUUUUUUUCGUUUUUUCUUGUUACAAUCUGCACCUCAGUUUAAGUCCACGGGUUGGAUGAGAAUAAGAGAUCAUGUCGAGAGUAGAGACGUAUCUUACAAACUGAAUGUAGCUUCUAAUUGUAACUUCCACAAUGCUGAUAUCUCACCCAGGGAACUUUAUUGUGUUGUUGGUAGAAGAUGAUAAUGAAAGGUUUAUAUUUUCACUUUUAAUUUGAGCCUAAUACUAAUAUUCAAAUUGACACAUAUUUUCUAACUAAAUUUUACCUGAUGCACAUCAUUAUUGAUUGUCAUUAUUAUAGCAUCUGACAUAACUGUUUACAUUAUUAUUUGCAGUAUGUACGUGUGUGUAGAUUGGAUGGAACUGAUAAUGACUGUGUAUUAAGUUUUGUCACUUCCAUGUAAGAUGCAAGACCGUUCUCUCUUGUUUAGCUUCAAUUUUACACCUGACCCACAAAAACCUCCUAAUAACUAUGUGACACAUGUUUUGGUUUGUUAUUUAAUUGCAAAUUUAUUGUAGCUGGGGGGAGAAAAUUAACUUAAGCCUGGCCCUGCAGUCUCAAAAUCUAAUUUCAGGAUCUUUGAUUUACUUUAUAUUGAUUACAUGGUGCAUAUUCUCAAAUAAAGACAUAUUUAACCAAGUUACCAGAAACUGAUACAAGUUCAGUAGAAUGUGCUAUUAUAUGGGUUUUUGUUGGCAUCUGCAGCCAUGUACACUCAGCUGCCAGUUAUAUACACACAUGUACUUACAACUAAUGUAGUCAUGCAGGAAACACAUAUAUUAAAUGUUUGAUUUCAACCAAAA